AUGAUUUCACAAUGUCGUUUGAGCUCGUUUCUUCUUUUUCUUAAGUUUGUGGACUCGGUUAUUUUGUUAGCGAGUAUCAUUUUGUACGUUGGGGUGCACGGCAAGAAUGACGUCCAUGUCACGACAGUACAGAGGAAUCUUUUACGUCAAAGAGAUGCUGAGUCACUUGCUUCGAUUUAUCCGACAAUGCGCGCGCUCAGUACCGCGAAUACUAACGGUAGACGGCACAUGUCCGAUUCAAGAGUCUAUCCGUAUAGUGCUGUGGGAAUACUGCGCUGGAAUACCAGCACCUGCACAGCCACGCUAGUUGCUUCAAAAAUCGUGCUUACAGCUGCAGAUUGUGUUUUGGACUCGGAAGGUGAAGUACGCAUUAGCUUCCCUAGCACUUUCAGUUUUACGCUUCUCCAAGCGGCAACUUUGAUAACAGCAUCCGUCAUUCGAGUGCAUAAGCAGUCAGAUUUUUGGACUCAGUGGACGCGCAACUUGUAUGUUCUAGUCGAGUUAGAUGCAGAAUUAGGAGAUGUCAACGGCGCUUUGCUUCUACCACCUCCAAACACUUUUGCCCAAGACCAUCCCAUGAAGGUUCAGCUGGUUGACUACGGAUGCAAUGAUGAAACCAGUGAAUGCUUUCAACGUUGUGAUAUUUACUUUUCCACUAACUCAAAUGACCCGGAGUAUUUGCUGCGCCACGACUGCGAUGUGUCGCCAAAGCGUUCGCUAGGCUCGCCCAUGCUUAUUCGCUCAACUGUAAUGGAUACAUAUAUUGUCGGAAUCUAUACGAAGUCGAUCGUUGAUGACACUGACGACGAGAUGCCCACGGGAUCGUACAAUGGUGCAUAUCAUCAGGGCAUUCUGGGAUCUUUUGUGCAGCCCCAUUUGUCGUCCUUGGUUCAGCAAGAAGAAACAUUUACUUCGUCUACUUCUCGCGAAAGCUCAGGCACUUCGUUAAGCAGCACUUCCUCUUCUGAUGACGAUUUGAAUAGUGAAUCCAGUAGUCAAGGACAGAUGAAUCUGAUAAAUGGAGGCUCAGGUGCAGAAAGGGAUUCAUCAUCAGCUUCGACUGAAUCUUCGGCGACAUCGUCACAGAAUGGGAUCGCCCCAACGGCAGCGUAUACAUGCAUAGGAUUGGUUUGUGCUGCUUGGCUGGUCAUCAUCCUGGCCGUUGUUCGCAAAAUCCGCGCGAAUUAUCACAAAGCAUUUACCACUUCUUAG